UUAUUUUCCUAGCCGUUUGUGUAAAUUUUGAUUAAAAUGCUGAGAAAAGUGAAAAAGAUUAAACCCAAAGCGAAAAGAAACAUUGAAGAUGUUCCGUUUUACAAAUUCGUUUACAAGAAAGACGAAUUACCGUUAGAUCCUGCUAGAAAUUUCAUAGAAGAGCAGAUAUCGAAAAUCAACGUCAUCAAACCUGCCUGUUUCAAUAAGGAUUAUAGCUUGUACAAAUGUCCAAGAAGCGAUGGCCGGGGAUUUAAAGGGCUACUAUUACCGGAAAAAUUGUCCUCUUUGGGAAGCCCGGAGUACUUAUCACCGGAAUCAUCUUCGCUAUCUCCGCCCGACCGUCGGUUUCCCGACAUGACCAGCCAACUGAUUCAACUUUACAAAGAACUGCGGCUAAAAGUUUUCCACGAUCUAGCUCUCACCAAACCGCUUCUCAUGGGAAAUGAGUUCUUCCGUCGGUACGGUCGAGCCAAUCAAAAUGGCCGCCAAAAACUUCCGGCCAUUCGGCGCAAGAAACGACCCAAAAAAUUUCACUUCGAUGAGUUCGCCUACCGCACACCGGAGGAAAACGACGAAGCUUUGCUACGCAUACAGCGUCAUUUGGACCGAAUGAUUGCCAAAAGCAUCCGGGAAGCGGAAAAACGUCGCCGGCAGAAGGAAGAACAAGCACGCAAACCACAAUUCUGCACAUCAUCAUCCAAAGGGAAAACCAUCUGUCCGGUGAGGGUCAAACGGAAGCGACUCAGUAACGAGCAGUACAUGAAAAAGUUGAAGCUGAAUGAAAGUGUCAAGCUGAAGUACCUACAAGCCCUCUUGCCGGUUCAUCCUGACGAGCAGAAACAGAAAAUCCUGCAAAAAUACGAAAAUCAUUACACAGAAGCCAGCUCCGGAUUCGACGAGGAAAUGCGUCAGCGAACGUUGGGCCUUCUGGACGAACUGUCGGUGGAGAAAAUUAGCCACUACCCUUCGCAUCUGAUCAAGAAGAUUCUGCCCCAAAUCGACAGCAAAAUAGUCUACCUGAAACAAGCUUGCAGAUUUAUCCUGGAAGAAGAGAAACUCUGGCCCAACAUUCACCCGGAAGUGAUGCUGCUAGAUUAUCUCUUCGAUCCGGAACACAAUGUCCAUCGGGAUCAAGCUGUCUACUUAACGAUUUUGCUAAUGGAUCUACAGGAAGACUACCGGUAUCACGUGAAGCGUUCCUUUCUACGAUACAUUCUCCAGUCGGAGGAGGAACGUAGACGACUACAGUUGACCAUUGAACCACCGGAGUUUCCAAUACCGACAUUAAUCGCACCGGUUCCGUGGAAAUGUUCAAUUCAGGUGGCUAAGAAUCGCCUAGAAGAAGUUUUGAUGGUGAAUCACCCAGUGCUGCAAGCCAUCAACUUGUUAUGGCACAAGUUGUACGGAAACUUGCUGGUGGUAGAUGCUGCCAAGUUCUACAAUACGGAUAUUCCAAUGCAUGCGGAUAAAAUCACCGAAACGGUUUACGAAAGUUGUCGGAUAACGAGAGAUAUUCUGGUUAACGACUGGAUGCCCCGCGUAGCUGACUUGGUGGACGUUAUGCGAAAGUAUUGGAAGGAUCUGGUGCCCCGAAAUUCCAUCCACGGUGGCAGAGGAACAAUCUUCUUUAAUUGUAUUCACGCCUUGACCUCGUAUCAUCUGCAAGGCUUGAUUAAGAAGAGUCUGGAUCAUUUAGCAGAGGCGCUGGAAGUGUAUCGCGGUGGAGAUGCCCCAAGUGGUGAAGAUACGCACCACAAGCUUAAAAAGAAACCUUUCAUGACGUUGAAUGUUUCCGUCGUGGGUAAACCCGAUACCGAGAUCGAGAAGAACGCUGAGAAAAGUGAUAUGUCUCUGUACGAAGCCGAUGACGAUGACCCUAGCCUUCUGUCGUCGGAGUCAACCGAUGACCUGUUCACGACUACGGUUGACGAACGAAGAACUUCUUUCAUCAUGAAGAGCAGUGGCAAGAUUGUUAUCUAUCCCUACAUGGAAGAAUUACCCGAUCUUUUCAAAAGCUAUUUUGUGAAUAUCCUGAAGGUAGGGUACAAAAUUCCACGACUGGAGUACUACUUAACCCAAGACAAGAAACAACUGGGGUAUCUGCAUUACAUACGGGAGGAUAACGCCGAUAUGGAGAAACUGUACGAAAAAGUCAAAAGCAUAGUGUCGGCGAAUCAAACCGGACCAACCACUUAUCUAUAUCCGAUGUACGAGUACUACUUUCCGGUUCUAGCAAACAAAAUGAAAGCCAUCACAGAAAGUAUUUUCUCGCAGCGUGAGCUUCCAUCCCUUGAAAUUUUCAAAGACCUCGUGGAAAAAUUUACUGAAUUGUUGCAUGGAAUCUACUUUCUCCGGGACUUCAUUCCCCUGAACCUGUUCAUGCUGGACAACAGUCGCCUAAACCGGGUGCUGGAAAACCUAGUCAAAGAGUUGAAGGCCUUUGUGAUCAACUACUUCAUAACGCUCAAUCAAGUGGAAAACCGUCGAAUCUGUGACGAGUUCGAGGACAUGUCGCUGCACGCCGGCGAACGCCCGAAAGAAACUCCGGAAGUGGUCGCCCUCCAAAAUUACCUUACGCAGUGUCGUGAAGAACGAAUGUACCAGCUGAAGACCGAGAUCAAGCAUGUCGCCCAGCGUGUUCUCUUCCUCCUGACCUACGCCAUACUCGAUCGUAAUAUGCGAAAUCCCGAAUUGGUUCGAGAACAAUACACCCUACUGAUGUUGGGCUUUAUUUUUCCAGACGAAGAUAUCAAUCUGAACUCGCGUCUCUUUCUCUGGCCCCAGGAGCUGGAGAAAGUGCUUGAUCUCAGCGGUGCCCGCCUUUUGGUGGUACGUGAAAAUCUGGAAAUGGCACUCCGUGAGCGACGAGUCCAAUUCGAGAUGUAUUUGAAUACCGAGAAGAAAAAAAUGGACCACUUCCGGACCCGAGAGAUCCGCGAAAUGCUCUCGCUGGAUGAUUUGAAAGAAAAGGUUGCCACGGUUGACGGUCUGAUGAUGACCCUGGAGAAAUGCAGUAAAGAGGCCAAGGAAAUCAAUCAGGACGAAAAUCUGUUGCAAAUUGAUCAAUCGUUCUUCCCGGCAUUGAACGAAAUGAUUGAUAAGAUGGCUCCAAUCGAACGCCUUUGGCACACGGCGUACAAGUUCGAUUCGUGCCACGAAGUGUGGUACUUUGGGUCGUUCAGGGAACUGGAUGCCACAGUUAUUACCGCAGCCGUUGAAGAAAUGUCUCAUUCAAUGACGGUACUACUGAAAGAACUUACCGGUAGUCCGCAAGCGAAACGCGUAGCCGAACAAAUACGAAUGAAAAUUGAUAAGUUCAAGAUCUAUCUGCCGAUCAUGGAGGCAAUCUGCAGACAAGGUUUGUGCGAACGCCAUUGGGUGCAGAUAUCGGAAGAACUAGGUCAAGAAGUAGAUCCGAAUGUUCAGAACUCUCUUUGUCUGAUGGUCGAUAUAGACGUAAUGAAAAUUCAGAACCGAUUGGAAGAGAUUUCCAAUGCUGCCGGAAAAGAGUACGAGCUGAAUAUACAACUUGUUAACAUGCAAGAAGAAUGGAUCGAUGUAAAGUUUGUAUGCGUUCAGUACCGUGACUCCGACAUGUCCAUACUGUCGUCGGUCGAUGAUAUCCAAACGCUGCUAGAUGAUCAUAUACUGAAAGCCCAGGCAAUGCGAGGAUCUCCGUACAUUGCGGCACUUGGUAGCAAAGCAACCAUGUGGGAGGAUAAACUUAUUUCGAUGCAGGAUAUCAUCGAUAUCUGGCUUCAGGUUCAAGCUACUUGGAUGUAUUUGGAGCCUAUUUUUAGCUCCGAGGACAUAAUGCGCCAGAUGCCUACCGAAGGCCGUCAUUUCAAGACCGUCGAUAAAUUGUUCCGCAAAGUUAUGCGUCAUACGACCACUGAUCCGCACGUUAUCCAGGCUACCGAUUUUCCAGAUUUGUUGAAUGUGCUGAGAAAUGCUUUCAAAGACCUGGAAGACAUCCAGCGAGGACUGAAUUUGUACCUGGAAAAGAAACGUUUGUUCUUUGCACGGUUCUUCUUCCUGUCUAACGAUGAACUGUUGGAAAUAUUGUCCGAGACAAAGGAUCCGAUGCGCGUCCAACCCCACAUGAAGAAGUGCUUCGAGGGUAUUAAUUCGUUGCAGUUUGACUCGCAGAUGGAAAUCACGGCAUUCACAUCGGCGGAGGAUGAACAAAUUCCAGUUACGAGGAAGAUUAACCCUGCGCUAGCGAAUGGAUUGGUGGAGAAAUGGCUUAAGGAAGUGGAGGUUGUUAUGCUGGAAAGUGUCAAGGAACAAAUCUGGCAGUCGUACGAUUCUUACUUCAAAGAUCCUCGCAAAACUUGGGUACUGAAUUGGCCUGGACAAGUUGUACAGGUAGUUUCCUGCCUGAAAUGGACCGAAGAAGCGGAGGAGGCAAUCCAAACUGGCAAACUAACCGAUUAUUCCCAACAAUGUACCUCGCAAAUUGGUGAACUGGUGGAUCUAGUUAGAGGCGAUCUAUCUACGGGAGCAACCAUCACAAUCGAAGCUCUGAUUGUUGUAGAUGUUCACGCUCGGGACAUCAUUGACUUGUUAAUCCAAAGAAACAUCUCCGAUACGGGUGACUUCAACUGGUUCUCUCAGUUGCGUUACUAUUGGAAGAUAGAUGAUGACGACAAACAAAGCUACGUUGCCUGUAGCAUGGUAACUACAGAUCUUAAGUACGGUAUGGAAUAUCUUGGCAACACUGGACGCCUGGUUACAACUCCCUUGACCGAUCGGUGUUUCCGAACGCUAAUGGGCGCAUUUAAACUAAACCUCGGAGGAGCUCCGGAGGGUCCUGCCGGUACGGGUAAAACCGAAACGUGCAAAGAUCUUGCUAAAGCUGUGGCCAAGAAAUGCGUCGUCUUCAAUUGUUCCGACGGACUGGACUACAAAGCGCUUGGAAAGUUCUUCAAAGGUUUGGCACAAUCUGGCUCAUGGGCGUGCUUCGAUGAGUUCAAUCGCAUUGAGCUGGAAGUGCUGUCAGUAGUGGCUCAGCAAAUUCUGACGAUUCAACGUGCCAUCGCUUGCAAAGUGGUAAAGUUCACCUUUGAAGAGACUACUCUGAGGCUUGAUCCGACGUGUAACAUAUUUAUUACUAUGAAUCCGGGUUAUGCCGGUCGAACCGAGCUUCCGGAUAAUCUCAAGGUUCUGUUCCGUACGGUAGCCAUGAUGGUUCCCGACUAUGCCAUGAUAGGAGAGAUUACGCUAUAUUCCAACGGUUUCGACGAAGCUCGCAUCCUAGCGCAGAAAAUUGUCCAUACCUACAAGCUGUGCUCGGAGCAACUGUCAUCCCAGUCGCAUUAUGAUUAUGGUAUGAGAGCUGUCAAAUCAGUUCUCACCGCUGCCGGUGCUCUUCGAAGAUCACAGCCUCAGCUGUCGGAAGCUCAGAUUGUUCUGCGAGCAAUCAUCGACGUCAAUCUGCCAAAGUUUCUUCAGCAAGACAUUCCAUUAUUCGAGGGAAUUUAUAAGGAUUUGUUCCCUGGCGUGGAGCUGCCACCGCCCGCACGUGAAGACAUCGUUCGCCUAUUGCUAAUCGAACUAGUCAAACGCAAACUUCAACCGACCCCGUGGUUCAUCGAGAAGGUGAUGCAGAUUUACGAAAUGCUACUGGUACGGCAUGGUCUCAUGAUUGUCGGGGAUUCAAUGGGUGGCAAAACGACUGCCUAUCAGGUGCUCGCGGAAACGCUUAGGGAGCUACGUAAGGAGAAAGGAUUCUCCUGUGAGGAACAGGGUGUCACCUUUAGGAUCAUUAACCCGAAAGCGAUUUCGAUGGGACAGCUAUACGGUAGUUUCGAUCCGGCCUCGCACGAGUGGUCUGACGGAGUGUUGGCCAACACCUUCCGGGAGAUGGUGUACACUCACAGUCUGGAAAGACAAUGGAUCAUUUUCGAUGGUCCCGUGGAUGCCGUAUGGAUUGAGAACUUGAAUACAGUUCUUGACGACAACCGAAAACUAUGCUUGAUGUCCGGCGAAAUAAUCCAGAUGACUAAAAUGAUGAAUUUGAUGUUCGAACCCGCCGAUCUGGAUCAGGCAUCUCCGGCUACAGUUUCACGAUGCGGCAUGAUCUAUAUGGAACCUUCUCAACUGAGUUGGAUGGCACUGCAUAAAUCAUACCUCCUGCACCUGGAAGAACGGGGAGUAAACGAGAUCAACAUCGGUUUAUUCGAACAGUUGGCGGAAUGGCUUAUCCCUCCAGCUUUGAAUUGGUUGAAAUCCGUCGAAACCGUUCUACAACUCUCGGAGAUGCACCACUAUGCCAUGCUGUCCAAGUUCUUCACCAUAUUUAUAUCAAGAACCUCCAACUACAACCAGAUCUGGUUCCAACAGAUGUUCCUAUUCUGCUACGCAUGGGCUUACUUUUCCGUUGUUACAGUCGAAGGUCGCAAAACAAUUGAUCCUCUUCUACGAAAAAUCAUGUACGGAGCUAACGAAGAUCACCCGAAACCCAAACAUUAUUCUCUUAAUCGAGGACAAAUGUACCCGGAGAAGAUGAACUUCCUCGAUUAUCGUUUCGAUGAGCAGGAAACUUGGUGGCCAUGGCUGAAGAGUGAAGAACUAGCUCUACCGGAAAGUUGUAUCGUUUCUGAACUGAUGAUUCCGACGAAAGAAAGUGGCUAUAUCCUAUACUGGACAGAAAUGUGUCUUUCGGCCGGCAUUCCCAUACUUCUGGUUGGCCCCACGGGUACCGGAAAAAGUGCCACCAUUGCGAGCUACAUCCGAGAUUUACCGAAAAACAAAUUUAUCUCCAACAUCAUCAACUGUUCGGCUCGGAGUACUGCCCAGCAGAUGCAGGACACUAUUAUGUCCAAACUGGACCGACGCCGAAAGGGAGUUUUUGGACCUCCCGUAGGAAAAGAAUGCGUCAAUUUUAUCGAUGAUGUAGCCAUGCCCGCUCGAGACGAAUACGGGUCUCAACCUCCGUUGGAAUUGAUUCGACAGUGGCUGGACCAUCGACUUUGGUCCGAUCUGCGCGAUACCUCCAAGAUCGAGUUGAUUGACCUGUUGUUCGUCGGAGCGAUGGGACUGCUUGGAGGCAGUAACUACAUCCCGCAGCGUUUAUACCGACAUACUUUCGUAGUGUCCGUAGAUUCAUUCGAAGACACCACUUUGCUCAGAAUAUUCACCUCUAUCGGAGAGUGGCACUUUUCGAAAGGUUAUCCAGAUACCGUGUCUCGGUUGUGCAAGAAUCUGAGCCAAGCAGUUAUCUCGGUGUACCGAGGAGCAAUUGCCAAUUUCCUACCGACACCCGCCAAAUCACACUAUCUAUUCUCGCUGAGAGAUGUUACUCGAAUAUAUCAAGGAAUCGUGCUUGUUCCCGCCAAACGUCUUCCGGAUCCGGAGAAGCUGGUCCGUCUGUGGGCUCACGAAACAUAUCGCGUUUUCUACGAUCGUUUGGUUGACGAAAAUGACAAGCAAAUUCUUUUACGUUUAGUAGACGAAGCUGCCAACAGUCAGCUACGAAUGAAACUUGAAGUGGCAUUUGGAGACCGCUUGGAGAGUGGCCAACGGGUUACCGAUAAACAUAUGCGUGACCUGUUGUUUGGUAAUUACAUGGAACCGGAUGCUGUCAAACGUGUGUACGACGAGGUUGACAGCUGGACGAAGUUAGAAAAGAAUAUGAACUACUAUUUGAGCGAGUACAACGCCCAUUCCAAGUCACCGAUGAAUCUGGUCUUGUUCCGAUUUGCGAUUGAACACGUAUCUAGAAUCUCAAGAGUUCUACAGAUGCCACGUGGACAUUUGCUUCUGGUCGGACUUGGUGGAGCUGGACGACGAAGCUCGGUUAAAAUGGCCGCCAAUAUGGCCGACGCCGAUGUGUUUGAGGUCGAGGUUACCAGAAGCUAUUCGAUAAACGAAUGGCGCGAGGAUAUGAAGAAACUGUUGAUGAACGCAGGGAAUGAAGGAAAAUCCACGGUAUUUUUGUUCAAUGAUUCACAAGCAAAAGAGGAAGCCUUUGUGGAAGAUAUUAACUCUCUGCUGAACACAGCUGACAUUCCAAAUUUGUUCCAAACCGACGAAAAAGCAGUCAUACUAGAGCAGAUGCAAACUAUUGCCAGACAGACGAAUAAGCCGAUAGAUUCGACUGCCCUUUCGUUGUACAAUUUCUUCGUGGAAAGAGUUCGAGAAAAUCUGCACAUCGCACUAGCUUUUUCGCCGAUAGGCGAUUCAUUCAAAAAACGUAUACGCAUCUAUCCAUCCUUGAUCAAUUGUUGUACCAUCGAUUGGUUCACUUCAUGGCCAGAUGAUGCAUUGCAAAAAGUUGCAGAGAAUUUCAUUAGAUCUAUGGAACUGGAUCAGGAAACUCCAUCAACCGAACCAUCAGCGACGUCACUACAACCGAACGACGAAGAACAGGAGAAACAUAAAGCAAGGAAACUCAACCGUCUCGAAAGAAAGCUUGUAGAAUUAGUUAUGGUGUUCAACCGGGGAGUGGUUGAAACUUCCAAACGAUUCUUCCUGGAACAAGGAAGAAUAAACUAUGUAACUCCCACGUCAUACUUGGAGAUGUUACGAUCCUUCAAUACACUGUAUCGUAAGAAAUUUUCCGAGAUUAUUGCUCAGCGGGAUCGGUACACGGUCGGUUUGGAGAAGUUAGAAUUUGCGGCCGGUCAAGUGUCAGUAAUGCAGGAUCAACUGAAAAACCUCCAGCCACAGUUGAAGCAAACCUCGGACGAAACCGAAAAGAUUAUGGUCAACAUUGAACGAGAAACGGCUGAAGCCGAAAAGAAGAAGGAAAUUGUUGGAGCAGAUGAAACGGCUGCCAACGAGGCGGCCGCGUCGGCACAAGCCAUCAAGGAUGACUGCGAAAGCGAUCUGCAGGAAGCGGUUCCGGCACUUGAAGCUGCACUUGUGGCGCUGGAUACUCUAAAACCUGCCGACAUAACCGUUGUCAAGUCGAUGAAAAAUCCACCGUCGGGAGUGAAGUUAGUGCUGGAGGCGGUUUGUGUAAUCAAGGGCAUCAAACCCGAUCGCAAAACGGAUCCAUCCGGCAAAGUUUUGGAAGAUUUUUGGGGUCCAUCGCAGAAAAUGUUAGGCGACCUAAAGUUUCUAGACGGUCUUAAAACAUUCGACAAGGAUAACAUUCCCGUUCCAGUGAUGAAGAAAAUUCGUGAUGUCUACAUAGCGGACCGUGAGUUCGUACCGGAGAAAAUCAAAAACAUCUCGAUGGCCUGUGAGGGACUCUGCCGAUGGGUACGCGCGAUGGAAAUCUACGACCGGGUGGCCAAGAUCGUAGCCCCCAAGAAGGUUGCCCUGGCCGGGGCCGAAGCGGAGCUCGCGAUGCAGAUGGAAAAGCUCAACGCCAAACGGGCCGAGCUGCAGGAAAUCUUGGACAAGCUGCAGAAGCUGAACGAUUUCUUUGCCGAAAAGUCCCGAGAGAAAAAGCGAUUGGAGGACGAGAUUGACAGCUGCGAGAAAAAACUGGUCCGUGCGGAACAGCUAAUCGGUGGUCUGGGAGGCGAGAAGAAGCGCUGGUCGGAGUGUGCGGGAAACCUACACAAAUCAUUGGAAAAUGUGAUCGGUGACGUUCUGUUGGCAGCUGGCUGCAUUGCCUAUUUGGGCUGUUUUUCGACCGAAUUCCGGAGCCGCAUUAUCGGUGACUGGAAUCAGCUUACCUUGCAGAAAGAAAUUCCUUGCUCCGACAAAUUUUCGCUUCUGGCUACUCUUGGAAAUCCUUUAGAAAUUAGAAAUUGGUCCAACUGCGGUCUACCGACGGACGGGUUUUCGGUAGAGAAUGGGAUAAUAGUUAAACACGCUCGACGGUGGCCGCUGAUGAUCGAUCCCGAGGGUCAAGCCAACAAGUGGGUCAAAAACAUGGAAAAGGAGAAUAGCUUGAAAGUUAUCCAGCAACUGGAUCCCAACUACAUGAGAGUCGUUGAAAAUGCUCUAAUUAAUGGUUACCCGGUCCUACUUGAGAAUGUUGGCGAAAUGAUUGACUCGGGAUUAAACUCGAUCUUGGAGAAAAAUGUUUUCCGUUCGAGAGGUGCCAAUCUGAUUAAAUUCGGCGAUGGUUUGAUCGAGUACAAUGAAAAUUUCCGUUUCUAUAUAACCACAAGCCUGCGCAAUCCACACUAUCUACCGGAAACUGCCGUCAUGGUGACGUUGAUGAAUUUUAUGAUCACGGAGCAAGGACUACGCUCGCAACUAUUGGCUACCGUUAUCAUACAAGAACGUCCCGAUCUGCAGGAAAAGAAAGAGAGCCUCAUCAUCGAAUCUGCUCAGAAUCAGGAAGCUCUGUACAAUGCUGAAGCAAAGAUUCUGCAGGUCCUUUCCUCGUCCGAGGGUAACAUCUUGGAUGACGAGAAUGCGAUCAACAUACUAACCUCCAGCAAACAACUUUCUGAGGAAAUCCAGGCGAAACAAAUCGUCGCGGUGGCAACCGAAGCGGAAAUCGAUGCUGCCCGGCAGCUCUAUAUCCCAGUAGCACGCCAUUCCGCAGUUCUCUUCUUCUGUACCACCGAACUAGCUAACAUUGAUCCCAUGUAUCAGUUCAGCCUUACCUGGUUUUUGAACAUUUUCGUGCAAACGAUUCUCAAAACACCAAAAUCGGACAGCCUGGACGAACGCUUACAACUGCUGAUCGAUUAUUUCACCAAAGCGAUCUACACCAACGUUUGUCGCUCGCUGUUCGAACGAGACAAGCUCAUGUUUUCCUUCGUUCUUUGCUCGGGAAUACUUCGUGGAGAGGGCAAGAUUGACGAUCAGGAACUCUCGUUCCUGUUGACCGAAGGAAUUGCUCUAGAAAACCCCUAUCCAAACCCUGCACCGGAAUGGCUUACCGACAAAGCAUGGACCGAUCUUGUUCGUGCGAGUUCUCUGAAGGCAUUGGAAAAGCUUCGUGAAUCGUUCCAAGGGAAUUUGGAUCAAUGGAGAGAGUUUUACAACCAGAGUGCUCCAGAAGAAUGCCAAUUCCCGGAACCAUAUCACGAGCGCGACGAUUUGGUAAAACUUAUCCUGCUGAAAUGCCUACGCCCGGAUAAGGUCGUGCCAGCGCUGCAAAAGUUUAUCAUUGACAAGAUCGGCAAAUCUUACAUCGAACCUCCCCAGUUCAACCUUCGUACCUCUUACGAGGAUAGCUCUCCAAGAAUCCCACUAAUAUUUAUGCUAUCACCCGGAUCUGACCCAAUGGACAGCUUGUUCUCAUUUGCUAGUGAAAAAUAUAUGAGCGAUGACAGUCGGGUUAUAUCGCUCGGUCAAGGACAGGGUCCUAAAGCGACCAAAACAAUAUUGGAUGCCAUCAAACUUGGCCAAUGGGUCAUCUUGCAGAACUGCCACGUUGCUGAAUCGUACAUGGACGAACUGGAGAAGUUGGUGAUGGAUUCGAGCCUGUACGAACACGUCCAUCCGAAAUAUCGGCUAUGGUGUACGUCUUAUCCAAGUAAGAAAUUCCCGGUCCCAAUACUACAGAACAGCGUCAAAAUGACCAACGAAGCCCCGAAAGGACUGAAAUUGAACAUGAUGAGGGCUUACACAUCGGAACCACUUGAUAACGAAACGUUCCUGGAUGAAGCGUUCCAUGGCGAUAGCAAUACCACGCGGGUAUGGACAAGAGGUGUGUUCUCCCUAGUAUUCUUCCAUGCGGUUGUUCAGGAACGCUGUAAGUUUGGUCCGCUCGGCUGGAACAUACCGUACGAGUUCAACGAAUCUGACCUGAAGAUUUCACUGAUGCAGUUGAAGUUGUUCCUUCAUCAGUACUCGUACAUACCGUUCGAAGGGCACAUCUAUCUGACGGGCGAGUGCAACUACGGUGGACGAGUGACGGAUGACAAAGAUCGGCGUCUGCUCAUGUCACUUCUGAACCGUAUCUACAAUCCGGAAACCAUUGAAGUGGACGCGUAUCAACUGUCUGAAUCCGGCACCUAUCGGGUACCAGUGGAUCCUGUGAAAUCCGAAACCUUGGAGUACCUAUCGACAUUGCCACUGACAGCCCAUCCGGAGGUUUUUGGACUUCACGAGAAUGCAGAUAUUUCCAGGAACAUUGAAGAAACUAAUUCGCUACUGGACCGUGUGCUGCUGACUCAAACACAACUGUUUGCUGGAAAAUCUUCCGCCGGGAAGGACGAACAGAAAACCGAUCCGGUUCUACUUAUUUGUAUGGAGAUUUUGAAAAAAAUACCCGAACCUUUCGAUGUCGAGGGGACAGCCGAAAAGUACCCGAUUCAGUAUACCAACUCGAUGAACACUGUUCUGCGACAGGAACUAACUCGUUUCAACCGGUUGAUCAUCUACAUCAAGGCUAGUCUGAUCGACGUGCAACGAGCGAUUCAGGGCCAGAUCAGCAUGAUCCCUGAACUGGACCGAGUCUAUCGUUCGAUGAACAUCGGCAAGGUACCACAGGCGUGGCUUGCCAAAAGCUAUCCAUCUUUGAAGCCCCUCGGUAGCUACGUUAAUGACUUCGUAUCGCGUCUGGGAUUCUUUCAACGCUGGAUCGACGACGGUGAACCGAAAGUCUACUGGAUGAGUGGAUUCUACUUCAUUCAAUCGUUUCUGACUGGUGUCAUGCAGAAUCACUCGCGAAAAAAUAAGCUGAAAAUUGACGAUCUGGUGAUGUCAUUCGAGGUGACGGAAUUCGAGUCGGAAGAUAGGGUCCUGAAGAGAGCAGAUAUCGGUACUUUUGUCAGGAAUCGGCGUGGUAAAAAUGAGGACUUUGUAACUUUUGAUGGUCUGUAUCUGGAGGGAGCCCGUUGGAACAGAGAGCUCAAACACGUGGACGAACCGUUGCCACGUGUGCUGUACGAUGUGCUGCCCAUAAUUUCCAUGACGCCGACUCCGAAGGAGAGCAAACGAACAACCGAACUCCACCGGUACGAGUGUCCAAUCUACAAGACUAGUGCCCGCCGGGGAGUUCUCUCCACCACGGGUCAUUCGACAAACUUCGUAAUGUUUCUCGAUCUGGACAGCGAACAGCAACCGGAACAUUGGAUUCUUCGAGGAACCGCCUGUUUAUGCCAGUUGGAUGAUUGAUUCUAAAUUCCGGGAAUACCUUUUGAUACUACUGUUUACUUUUUACACAAAAACGCUGAUAGAGCUGAGUGCCGUUAUUCACGAAUGUAUUUUUGCAACAUAUUUUACCCACACGAACAUUUUUUAGAUCU